CAUCAACCGACUCUUGGUCAUAGAAUUCUAUCUUCUUGCUUAAGGAAGCGUACAAUGGAGAAUACUUGGCAUCUACGACGCGUAGCGGAUAACGCUUCAAAACCUUGCUGGAUCUGCUACAAACCAUCGACAAGUGUCUUGAUCGUCCCGAAUAACAAGGAUUUCUUCUAUAUAUGUCCUGGGCACCUGACGGACCGUGGUUUUUGUCAAGCGGAUGCAGAUGAGGCCGCGGCAGUUGCUGCACAGAAGAAGAAAGAAGAGCUAGACCGUGAGAUUGAGAAGGUCAAGAAAGAGUACGAUGAGAAACAAAAGCUGAAGCGCGAGAAACGGAAGGAGAGAGAGAAGGAGAAGAAUAAGGAUAAAGACAAGGGGAAGGAAGCCGAUGAAGACAAGGAAGAUGAGAAGGCAAAGGAAGACAAGAUCAAGGAGCUCUCAAAGUCUAAGGAACAGUCUCAAACUGACCUUAGUCCUCGCAUAUAUCACCUCACCAAAAACUUCUACCAAAUGCGCCUAGACAAGAUGCGCAACGCUGAAAUCGCAAAACGGAACCGCGAAAGACUGAACAACCCUGCAAACUUCCCAUCCGUCCCUAGCGGAAACCCAUAACAACCUCUUCAUCUCGGCAUCGUUGCCAGCCAGUGGAUGAAAGGUAUAUUGCAAACUCGCCAACCCUGGAACGACGUGCUUUUUUUCAUAGCGGAUGUCUGCAGCCACAAAUUCGUGCGCAGAUGAUGCGGUCAGCAAUUAGCAGGUAGUCCCCGGUCAGGCUUACUGAAGGGGCGUCAGGUGGUACAUCGCAUAUCAUGGGGAUUAGUUGAUUGUCAUUUGGGCACAGCUAGAUGACCUUGCACGACGUUUGCUUAUCCACUGGUAUACUUUGGAGGGCGUGUUACACUGAUGCAUGGAGUUUUCAGAAGGAUAUCAGCAUGGGCAGGGCAUGGAUAGGUUCGGUACUAAGUUCAUUUGCAAAUGCACUGUUUCAAACCCUUCUUUGUGUCCGUUGUGAUGCACAGCGGAGCGUUGGUUCGUUUUGGAUCAACCGUACUUGAGUAUCUCGGCACAUCAUCAAUAUUGCUAGCAAUGCCACGAGGAAUAGUUUAGCG